AUGUCUCUUAGUCUCCGUCUAGCAACAGUUUCAGACGCACAUGCUCUCGUCGAUGUGUAUCUCUCUGCUUUUGCCAAAGAUUCUAUCGCCCAACUCUGCUUUCUACGGAACAAAGCCGUAUAUGAUUUCUGGUACAACAUGAUCGUUUCCGAGCUGGCCGAUCCUAAUUCGCACUACCUAUGCAUUACCUCCCCCAGCCCCGACUCCCCGUCCAAAGAAACCAUAAUCGCAUUUUCGAAAUGGAACACACCCUCCGCACCCAUCUCUGUUGAUCUUCCAGCGUGGCCUGAGGGAGGUGACGUCGAGCUCGCGAACCAAUUCUUUGGCGGUAUGUUUGCGACGCAUAGACGGUUGAUGGAGGGGAGGAAGCAUUGGUAUUUGGAACUGAUAGCUACGAGGCCGGAGUUUCAAGGGAAGGGAGCUGCGGGGAUGUUGAUGCGGUGGGGUUUGGAGAAAGCGGAUGAAGAGGGGGUGGAGACGUAUUUGGAGGCUAGUCCGGCAGGGAAACCAAUUUAUGAACAUUUUGGCUUUCAGGAGGUGGACAGAUUGGUUCAUAAUUUAGAGGGAAAGGGAGUUGAGGAGAAGGAGUAUUUGGAGGUUAUUAUGGUGCGGCCGAAGAACUGA